GAGGGGUGUCAGAUCCCGCAUUUGAACUUGCAGCCAACAAGACUCUGGUUCUUCUUUCACAAGGACUCAUUACAGACACACGUCGGAGACAGAGGUCUGCCACCAGCUGCCCUUGUCCAAGGAGGAAAUCUAUAGAGUGAUAAAAGCACAGAGAGAGCCUAACCCCACAGUAUCCUCCUGCAGCCUCUGACCCAGGGAUAUACUAACCAUCAUCUACAGGCAACUCUGGAAUAGCAGAACACAACACUGGACAAUACUGGACUUGAUGCAGCCAAGGCACUAAGUAGUCAUCCUUAAAGGUCGAUAUGUUGUUAGAUAUAAAAUAUAUAUUUUGGAUAUGCUCAGCAUUCCACCUUUCCUAUGCAUUCCGAGCAGUUAAAUUGGAAAAGAGUCCACCAGUCAAGGGAACUUUGUCAGGAAGAGUGACGUUACCAUGCUAUUUCUCAACAAUACCUACAUUACCACCAAGCUACAACAUUACAAAUGAAUUUUUGAGGAUAAAAUGGACCAGAAUUGAGAAAAGCCGAGAUGGAAAAGACCCAAAGGAAACAACAGUUCUAGUUGCCCAAAGUGGUGGUAUCAAAAUUGGCCAAAAUUAUAGGGGCAGAGUGUCUGUGCCCAGCCACCCAGAAGACAUUGGUGAUGCAUCAUUAACGAUGGUUAAGCUCCGUGCCAGUGAUGCAGGUGUUUACCGAUGUGAAGUGCUGUUUGGAAUUGAAGAUACUCAAGAUACUAUUUCCCUGGAUGUUUCCGGUGUUGUGUUCCACUAUCGUGCAUCUGUAGACAAGUACAUCUUAGACUAUGAAGGUGCCCGGAAAGCCUGUACAGACAAUGGAGCCUCAAUUGCAACCCCAGGACAACUGAGAGCUGCCUACGAAGAUGGCUUUGAGCAGUGUGAUGCUGGAUGGCUGGCAGAUCAAACUGUGAGAUACCCAAUCCGCAACCCAAGAGCUGGCUGCUAUGGUGACAAGAAGGGCAAAGAAGGAAUAAGAACUUACGGAAGACGUCCAGAAGAGGAAAAAUAUGAUGUAUACUGUUUUGUGGAUGAUCUUCAGGGUGACUUAUUCCAUGUUCCUAAAAAGCUGACAUUUGAAGAAGCUAAAACAGAAUGCGAGAACAAGAAUGCAGCUGUAGCAACUGUUGGUGACUUGUAUGCCGCUUGGAGGAAAGGCUUUGACCAGUGUGACUAUGGCUGGCUUUCAGAUGGCAGCGUACGUUAUCCUGUGUCUUUUGCAAGACCCCAGUGUGGUGGUGGACUCCUUGGUGUGAGGACUAAAUAUCGCUUCAGCAAUCAGACAUACUUUCCUCAGCCAAAGGAGAAGUAUACAGCCUACUGCAUUCAGAAUAAAAAAAAUAUCACUGAAUCUGUCUCAGUUAAAUUGGUAUUUCCGACAGAACCCGUGACUCAAAGCAUCCUGAGAAAAGUGGAAAUACAGCCAGUUAAGGUUACUCCAAAGCCAAGUGUUCCUACAACACCACCAGCUGCGAAGAAAGCUGAAGUGCAGUCUACUGUACAAUCUAGAGUUGUGGAAGAUACUCACAGCAAACCAUCAGAACCUUCAGAAAGAUCGCCAACAUUGUUAGAAAAAGAACAAACUACAGUGACUCCAUUGGCUACCGAUAUAGAACAGGCCGAGGGUCAAAGGGAACAAGCUGUAACUUCACCUUCAAAGACUACUGAUGAAGACUCACCUUAUCCUCCAGAUACACCAAAACCCCCACAGAAUCUUGAAGCUACAAGUAUUCAACCAGGUACUGACAAAGAUCAAGAUCAAGAACCCUCCACUUAUACUGACAUAGCCCAUGUAGAAACACCAGAAAUAUCAACGUAUUACCCGAAAGAUCUUACCUCCCAGCUUUCCCAUGAAACAAUGGAAGCCAAAAGUGCAGAAAGUUUUUCAACAGUUAUUAUACCAGACUUUACAGAUGCUACAUCUACAACAGAGGUGAUUGAAGAUUUUGCAGUUAGCACUGUGGCAGGGCUAAGCUCUGAGCAGGCUGUUGUGACCACUAGUGAGCCACUCACACCAAAAGAUCCAGAGGCUUUUAGUGUACAGACCAAGCUAGAGGUAUUCACAGUAUUUAAACCUGACACCAGCACCCUAUCUACACUAUAUGAAGUUACAGAAACAACCAAAACAUCCACAGCUGUUGAUACAGUUACAGAAGUCAUUGAUGAAGAAGACACAUUGCCAAAGAAGCCUGAUUCUACUAUCAGUGAACCUGUAGAAGAAGCAGAAUUUCCCUCUGAAGGUGAAGAAUCAACUGGUACAGUUGUAACUGUAGAGGAGCAGACACAGACAACUAGCCCACCCAUAGAAGAAAGUAUUUUUACAAAAAAAAUUGAAAUUCCAUCAGUUGAAACAGUCGAAACAGUUUCUACUUUGGUACCAGAUCAGCCAGAAUCCAUUGCUCUAACAACAAGAUCACCAUUGCAAAUUAAGUAUGAUGUGACUGAUGAAGUUUUGAUAAGUACAGUUUACCCAUCUGAUAAAACAGAAGGCUCAGGAAUGCUUGAAGAAGAUGUGUUGCCUAAAGAGACAGAUCUGGAUAAAACAGAAGAACAGUUUCCAUCACCUACGCAAGCAACGCUUGAGAAAACCCCAUAUGAUGGCACUGCAUCACCAAAAGAUGUUGCAACUGUUUUGACUGAAACUGCAUCAGCCCAGGAAAGCCAAACAGCAGAGAUAACAGCUGUCAAACCAGAGCCCAUGGGUACACAAAAAGCAUCUGUAGCUUCCACAGAAAUUAUAUUGCCUCAGCCAACAGAUUCUGUUUUUGAAGGAAGCGGUGUUGAGGAGGAUACAAAAACUGAGCAAAUUGCAACAGCUGAGGGCCAGCAAACUACAGCAAGCACACUGAUUGCAAUCACUGCUAUCCCUACUGAGAAACUAGGUGAAGAUAAAACAGAAAGCACAAUUUCUCCAGAUGGACUUAAAUAUGUUGUAGGGACUGAUGUUACUGAAGGUUCUGGAGAAGAUGUUAUUGUUCCUUCAACUGCUGUGACUGAUAAAGCUACAAUUACACCAGAUGGACUUAAAUAUGUUGCAGGGACUGAUUUAUCAGCUACAGAUGUGACGGAGGAACAGGUGCCUCAAACAACUGUUGCUCCUAAAGUUCAAGAAGAUGUAACAGCUAUCCAAGAGGAGAUUACAGCAUCUUCUCUACCUAUUUCUUCUGCAGAGGUGGACAGUGAAACUGAAAAACCUGUCACAGAGGUACAACCAGAUACUAAGGUUACAUCAGAAGUGGAAGGAAAAUCUGUAGAAGGUAUAGAGACAACACAAGGUCCAUCAAGUUUUCUGCCUGCCUUCUCUUCAUCAGAAACCCCUGUUGCCAUUACAGAUCAACUUAGAGAUGUUUUUGAAGGUUCUGGAGAAGAUGUUAUUGUUCCAUCAUCUGCGGUGACUGAUAAAGCUACAAUUACACCAGGUGGACUUAAAUAUGUUGCAGGGACUGAUUUACCAGCUACAGAUGUGACAGAGGAACAGGUGCCUCAAACAACUGUUGCUCCUAAAGUUCAAGAAGAUGUAACAGCUAUCCAAGAGCAGAUUACAGCAGCUUCUCUACCUAUUUCUUCUGCAGAGGUGGACAGUGAAACUGAAAAACCUGUCACAGAGGUACAACCAGAUACUAAGGUUACAUCAGAAGUGGAAGGAAAAUCUGUAGAAGGUAUAGAGACCACACAAGGUCCAUCGAGUUUUCAGCCUGCCCUGUCUUCAUCAGAAACCCCUGCUGCCAUUACAGAUCAACUUAGAGAUGUUAUUGAAGGUUCUGGAGAAGAUGUUGUUGUUCCAUCAUCUGCUGUGACUGAUAAAGCUACAAUUACACCAGAUGGACUUCAAUAUGUUGCAGGGACAGAUUUACCAACUACAGAUGUGACAGAGGAACAGGUGCCUCAAACAACUGUUGCUCCUAAAGUUCAAGAAGAUGUAACAGCUAUCCGAGAGGAGAUUACAGCAGCUUCUCUACCUAUUUCUUCUGCAGAGGUGGACAGUGAAACUGAAAAACCUGUCACAGAGGUACAACCAGAUACUAAGGUUACAUCAGAAGUGGAGGAAAAGUCUGUAGAAAGUAUAGAGACAACACAAGGUCCAUCCAGUUUUCAGUCUACCUUGCCUUCAUCAGAAACCCCUGCUGCCAUUACAGAUCAACUUAGAGAUGUUAUUGAAGGUUCUGGAGAAGAUGUUAUUGUUCCAUCAUCUGCUGUGACUGAUAAAGCUACAAUUACACCAGAUGGACUUAAAUAUGUUGCAGGGACGGAUUUACCAGCUACAGAUGUGGCAAAGGAACAGGUGCCUCAAACAACUGUUGCUCCUAAAGUUCAAGAAGAUGUAACAGCUAUCCAAGAGGAGAUUACAGCAGCUUCUCUACCUAUUUCUUCUGCAGAGGUGGACAGUGAAACUGAAAAACCUGUCACAGAGGUACAACCAGAUACUAAGGUUACAUCAGGAGUGGAAGAAAAAUCUGUAGAAGGUAUAGCGACAACACAAGGUCCAUUCCAUUUUCAGCCUGCCUUGCCUUCAUCAGAAACCCCUGCUGCCAUUACAGAUCAACCUAGAGAUGUUACUGAAGGUUCUGGAGAAGAUGUUAUUGUUCCAUCAUCUGCUGUGACUGAUAAAGCUACAAUUACACCACUAAAAGAGAUCAUAUUAGAAACUAGGACAUUUCCCCCAUCACCUAGCACUCAGAAACCAAUUUUGAUUGAUGGGGAGCCUGAUGAGGAGACAAGUAAAGGAACAAUAGUGAUUGAUGAAUCUGUUGCUCCUAUAAAGGCCACAACUGAAUCGGAUCUGACAAGUAAAAAGCCAGUAGCAGAAAUUGAUUCAGAAUAUAUCACCAGUGGAAGUUCAGAAGAUCAAACAAAAGAACCACCUUGUGAUGACACCACUGGUACAGCUCAAACUGGGUCUUCUGAAGAAGGUAUUCAGCAGUUACAUUCUAUCAAUGUCAUCAUCGUCAAUAUUCCUGAAAAUGAAACAGGCCCAGUGGACGACCUGCUUAAAAGAUUGGGUUUAAACCAUACGUCUGGUGAAGAUAUUAGCAUAGAAGUUUUGCCCUUAUUACCAAGUUCUUCAGAGGAGGACAGUGACUGUGACAACUCCACUGCUGUUCCGACUUCCCCAACUUUAAAAUUCAUUAAUGGGAAACAAGAAAUUACUCCAGAUCCCAAAGAUUCAAAAGCAGAAGAGGUUAAAGGGGAACUAAUUGAAAGUGUUACACCAUCAGUGAAUGCAUCAGUCACUCAGUUAAGUGAAACUUCUGAACAAGAUGUACAGUCAACAGAUAAACCAGACCUUACUUCUGAUGAAUCAGAAGAACCUGAAUCAAGUGGAGAUACUGCAAUACCAAUAAAGGAACUGCCAACAACACAAGCAUAUUUAGUAACUCAAAAGCCAACUACUCAAGAGCCUGCCAUACCAUCUUAUUCCAGUGCUGCUCAAACAAUAGAAUCUUCUGACGAUGUAAAAUUUAAUAUUACAGUAAUUAGCAGUGCUGAACCAACCACAAAAUAUGCUGAGGUCUCUCAAGCAGGUGCAGUGACAGAUUCUGCUGAAUUAAUAUCAAGUCAAGUGGUAGUAGAAACAGCUACACAAGAUGCAAGUGGAAGAAUAGUUUUACCAACCACAGUUUCUUUUAAGCUUGUAGAUCCAUCAACUGCAUUAUAUAUUCAGGAAGGUUCUGGUGAGCCAGAAAUAGAGCCCAUUGUUAACGUAACAUCUACUGUAUAUAUGUUUCAAGAAAGCAAAGUACCUUCAACACUGGCAACAGUGGAACUUGGAGCUAUUGUGUCUACAGAGUCUCCUCACGUAGAUGAAAUACCUUCUCCAUCUAGUCCAUCAGUCCCUGAGACAGAGGAUAUGGAAAGCACUACAAUUUUUAUCGAAGCUGAAGAUAGCUUAUACACAAAAUUACCAGAAAGAUUGGAACAAGGUGAAGUUGAAAGCUCAGCUGUAGAUGAUUUUGGUGAACUUCUUUCUACUCCAAAGGUAUUUUCUACAGAAGCAACUGAAAUAGUAACAAAAUCUUCACAAUUGGAUGAAUUAAGUUCCAGAGUAGAAUCAAUCCCUGAAGUUUCAACAGAGAGUUUAAGAUCUGUAUCUGUUCAAGUGGCAGAAGAAAGUUCGGGUCUCGAAGAUAUCACUGAAUAUAUAACAAGCACACCAUCAAAAGAAGAAGUGAAAGAGAUCCAAACAGAGUCAAUUGAGGCUGUUGUUACUGAACAGAAGCUUGCUGCCACAUUAAAAUCAACAACUGCAACUGAACUAACUGAUGUCUUUAGUGAAGGGACUGCCUCAGAAGCUCCGACCCAAAAAAUUAUAACAAUUGAUCAGAGUUUUGUUGAUCAGGGUUCAGGUGAUCUUAAGGAUACUUUCACAGAUUUUUUUAUUACAACCCACAUUCCACCAGCGCAUAUUAGUACUGAAUUACCUGCCAAAGAAACAACAGAGAAAGAAUAUAAGAGUGAGCCAAGCAUUUCAACAACAGUCUCAUCACCUGUUUCUAUUUCUUCUGAAUAUACUUCACAAUUGCCAACUGAAAAAGACAAGUCAUACUUUUUAUUGGGGUCAGGUGAUGGGGAAGAGACUUCAGAAGGUCCAGAAGAUAAAGAAACAUUUAGCACAUCUGCAGAUAAACUCACUUCUCACUUCUCAGAAACUGUAAGCCCGAGAGGCAUAAAAAUAACUUUUUCUGAAUCUACCUCUGAAAUAAGCACUUUAUUACCUACCUUAGAAGCAGGUUCUGGAUAUGAGCCAGAAGUUACUUCCAAGCCAUCUGAAAGUGAGUCAUCUUCUCAAUUGUAUGUAAUCUCAGCUGAAGUUUCUGAAAAAUACACAAAAACACCCUUACUUGAAAACAUUUCCACCACUAGCGAACCUAAGUCGUUUUUUGAAACUGAUACAAGCACAUCUAAACCUCAGUUUCAAACUGAUGCACCUAAAGCAGACGAAGAGCUUACUAUUCCUCCACUACCAGUAUCCACUGUAGCUGUGAAAGAUGAAGUUAGAAAGGCCACAUCAAGUCCAGUUAUUCUAGAUACCUAUAGAGCAUUUAUUAGCACUGCUUUACCAUCUCUAGAGCAAGGCUCAGGUGAGGAAGGCGAAGCAUCUACAUUUUCAGAUAGGAGCAGCCCAGAAUCCCCUACUGACCAAGAAUCUAUAUAUAUUACUACUAGUUUGCCAGCUUUAGAAAUAACAUACAGUGUAGAAGAAAUAAAAACUGUAGAACCUGAUGUGGGAACCCUUACUCAGGAAAGUACAGAUGAACCUGAGACAUUUAGACCCGAACUUUUGGAUACAAAGGAAGCACCAGUACCGCUCCUGAGCACAAAUAAACCAGUAACAAAAGUUACUUCUCAAGAUAAAGUAGUUGAUGAUAAGUACUUUACAGAACAAGGCUCAGGUGAUGAGGUUGGAUUGUUUACAACUUCUUCGACAGAUGUGAAACCCACCAGAGUUGUUAGCACAAUUUCAUCAGCUGAAGAUUUGGUAUUGAGCAUUAAAACAGAAACCAUUAAGCAAGAACUUAAAACAAGCACAAUUCUCCCAUUUAGAGAAUUAGGCUCAGGAGAUCAGGAAGACACCUUUACACCGUCUCCCAAAAAAGUGGUGGUAGCAUCCGAGGUGUACAUUACAACCAUUUCUUCAGCUAAGGAAUCUCAAGACAGUGUGGUGACACAGACUAGUGCACUACAUCUGAAAGACGAAAUUAGCACCCCAUCAUCAUUUGUUGAUCACGGCUCUGGAGAUCAGGAAGGCAAAGAACCUUUGUUCACCACUCCGGUUCUUAGAACUGAAGUAAAAGAAAUUGAGGAAACAGCCAGUUUACCAACUACAGAAUUUUCAGAAGUGGUCCCAACAGAAGCCGCUGAUGUAGAGGUUAAAACAGGUGACCUUUUCACGGAUCAACCUGCCAUCAUCUUGGAGACCAGCAGUGAUACUUUACCUCAAAAACUCACUGUUAGUGAAUCAUCGUUUAUAGAAGGGAGCUCAGGAGAUUCAGUCACCAUUUCUACUGUAUCACCACCAGUCAUCAAAUCUGAAGAAAGCACAACACAAAAGGAAGCUUCAACAGAAGAAACAGAAGCUACAGAUGCUUCAACAGUACAAAAAACAGCUAUCUCUGAUUUGCCAUUGAUUGAUCAAGGUUCUGGGGAGGAAGACAAACCAUACACAGAGCCUUCCAUCGCAAUUUCUACAUCAUCACAGCCCAAAGAGCAGAUUAGUACCAUCCUGCCACCCACAGAAAAAAUUGAGACAGCUAGUGAGCUCGAAAGCUUAACUCAAAUACCUGUAACACUGCAAUCAGAAGUGAGUUUCAUCUUUAGUACAUCUCAGCUAUUGACAGAUAAAACAAAACCCUUCAGUGAAGAAGUGUUGCAAACAAAGGUGGUAACAGAUUCCCCUAUAAGUGUUGAUGAUGAAGGUGACUACAUCAUUGGUACCGGUAAAUCACCUAGUUUUGAAGUAAUUGAAGAAAGCACAAUCAGCAGCAUCUGGGUACAACCUAAUGAUACCAUAAGUGAAGUUGUUACUUCUACAUCUAUUGCUACAGAAUUUUUCCUGGAUGACAAAUCAAAGAUGGGAACUUCAGAGGAGCCAAAAUCAUUAAUCUCAGAGGAAGGGCUGGAAAUAAAGUCAACUCUCGCUACACCUCAGGAGGAAGUUAUGACUACAGAAAAAGCACCAGAGGAUGGAUCUGGAGAUAUAUUUGCUGGCAUUGCCACUACAAGUGUAAUAGAAGUGCACACUACUGGGUCUACUAGUGAAGGAGAUAGUCCUGAACUUUUGACAGAUGCACAAGCUACAGAAAGUCCGCAGACAAUAAGUGUAGAUUCUAUAUUCUCAACUCAAGUGUCUGAUAUCUUACUAGAACCUCAAGAGGUUUCCACUGAAGCCAAAAAGACAGGUCUCGAAGAAGAAGAAAGCAGCUCUCUCACUGUUUCUACAAGUACCUCUCAAGUUACAGAUACCUAUAAAUCCAUACAACCUUCUUUUGAGCCAGAGGCAAAAGAUUUGGUAGAUUCAUUUUCAGGAGAAAGUUCUGGAGAAGGUACUCUUCCUGAUGGACCAUUUAUUACCACAUUCCCUCCUUUGGUUUCAGUUCAAACAGAUGCUGAGUUUCACAGAGUAGCUCUAAAGACACAAAAACCUUUGCUUCUAACUGACUUUUCCACUCCUCCUCAAAGUGAAGUUUUCUUAGAAACAACUUCUAAAAGCUUUGAAGCUGAAACAUUUGUAGAUAUAACAGUAGAUGAUUUUGCCAAAGUAUCCGGAACUGCUGCAACUGAAGAGCAUUCAGAAAUACCACCUGGAUUAACAUCUGUAGUUCCUUUUGAGACUAAAGAAACUGCUACAGUUACAUUGAAAGACAUUUUUUCAACACCUUUCAGUAAAAUAGUUGAUGGUUCAGGAGAGGGAUCUGGAUUGGAAAUAUUUUCUGAUACAGCCAAAUCAUCUCAACAGCCACAAACAGAAGAAGAUAUUUUGCCAGUCAGUACACCCGGUGUAAUUAUAACUAAGGAGGAUGAUACAACAGAAAAAAUAACUGCUGACCAGUUCACAGUAACAGUGCCUCUAAUCGAUAUUAAGGAUUUAGGCGAUCCAGCGGCCACUUAUUUAGCAAGCACCAAACUGCCUGAAGCAGUAGGCACACCAGAAGCAACUAAAAUAUUAGCGAUAGGUGAGCCCAGUGUUGGCCAAGGAGUAACAGAACCAGAGCUGUACCUUACAUCAACUGUUAUUGUUGAUGUAAAAGACAAAGAUCAAAUUACUGAAGUUGUUCUCCCUGCUGAAGACUCCAAAAUAGAUCUUGUGCCAACAGAUUAUAUUAAUUUGGAUACUGCUACGUCACAACAAAAGCUUGCUACAGAACAGCCUGAUUUUCUAUCAACUUCUCUUCCAAAAGACACCACUGAGAUACCUGUAGCUGAGAUAUUUAGUACAAAAUUGUCAGCUGAAGAUACAAGCAUUGUUGUUGGCACAUCAGCCCAGCCACCAAGAUUUGUAACAGAAGAUACAGACGAAUCUGAGUAUCCCCCUGCAGAUGUGAUAAGUCCAAGUUAUGAGGAUAAGACAUCUUUAAUAUUUGAACAAACAGAGCAAGAAGGUGCUGUGGAGAGCACAGAAGAACCCAGGGCUCCUGUAACUGUUAUUCUGGUCAAUGGUGCAUCUGACUAUACAGGAAAAAUUAUUCCAAGUACUUUACCUUCUGCUGGCUCUGAGUCUUAUCAUGUUUCAGGACAGGAAGCUAGUGCUGACAUUACUGCCACCUACAAACCAACAGGCAUUGAGCCAUCUGAUGCAACAGAUAGCCCACCGGAACUCUCUGAUAAAGACAUAUAUGAUUCCUCCACUCCACAGCCUGCUGCUAGAGAAGAAGUUUCAGUCACAUCUGACAUCUUUGAACCCACACAUGAUCCAGACACUGAGAUAGACCAUGAUGACACUACUACACAGGAACCUGCGCUGCUUAUUUUUACUGAUGAAACACCUGUUAAAACAGAUGCUUCAAUUGCUCCCGAGCCAGAAACACCACCUUCAAUAGCUGCUGAGCCAGAUAAAGAGCAUGCUGAAACUCAACCUGAUGUAAUUAUACAAGAGGCAUCAACUGCUCCCUCACAUGCUGCUGAGCUGACAACAGAGAGUGAAGAAGAAAAGUAUGCAAGGGGCAUAACACCACUACCAGACUUUGAUAUCCAGAUCUCCACUAGUAAUAACGUUGACGGAACUGAGCUGCAAAUAACAACUCAAGACCCAUGCAAGGUGAAUCCAUGCCAACAGGGUGGAACAUGUUAUGCUCGUGGAACUUCUUCAUAUGUGUGCACUUGUAUGCCUGGUUUCAGUGGAGAACUCUGUGAAAUUGAUAUUGAUGAAUGUCAGUCCAAUCCAUGCCGCAAUGGAGCCGCGUGUGUUGAUGGUGUAAACUCAUUUAUGUGCCUUUGCCUUCCGAGCUACACUGGAGCACUUUGUGAACAAGAGAAAGUCAAACAACAACAAAGGUGCCAGCCAACAGGAUCUUCAUACAAUAAUACAGAGAUCUGUGACUACGGCUGGCACAAAUUCCAAGGACAUUGCUAUAAAUAUUUUGCCCACCGACGCACUUGGGAUGCAGCUGAGAGAGAGUGUCGCGUGCAAGGAGGUCACCUGACUAGCAUUUUGUCACAGGACGAACAGAACUUUGUAAACCGCCUGGGUCAUGAUUAUCAGUGGAUUGGCCUGAAUGAUAAGAUGUUUGAGAAUGAUUUCCGCUGGACUGAUGGAAGCACACUGCAAUAUGAAAACUGGAGACCAAACCAACCAGACAGCUUCUUUUCUGCUGGUGAAGAUUGUGUUGUACUUAUUUGGCAUGAGGAUGGGCAAUGGAAUGAUGUGCCAUGCAACUAUCAUCUCACAUACACCUGCAAGAAGGGAACAGUUGCCUGUGGACAGCCUCCUUUGGUUGAAAAUGCAAAGACUUUUGGAAAGACAAAACCACGAUAUGAAAUAAAUUCCAUGAUUCGAUACCACUGCAAAGAUGGAUUUGUUCAAAGGCAUAUGCCAACUAUACGAUGCAGAGGUGAUGGAAGGUGGGACCUUCCUAAAGUUACAUGUCUGCAACCUUCUGUAUACCAAAGGACUUAUUCCAAGAAAUAUUACUACAAAUUUAGUCCACCUGAGAUGAGGACUCCACUGUAUACGCCCAAGCAUCACCAUCGUUGGAGCAGGACUUGAAUAUUUCAAAAUUAUCAUCAAUGGACAUCCUAACUGCCAAAGUCCUGCAUUACAGUGCCUUUCAUUAGACUUAAACAAAAAAUAUCUAUCUGAUCUGAUCCAGGACUGGACAAUGGCAUUCUAAAGACCACCAAGAAAAACACGAGUGAUUUUUAAAGUCAAGUGUUAAUUAUAGGGAACUAAAGCAGCAUAUAAAAUAAAUUCCAGCCAAAUAGAACAUUUAGUUUAUGUCACCAAGGCGAACAGAUAUUGUAUUAAUGCAAGCUUACAUUAAUAUUUAAACAGCUUGAGCCUAGCUUGGAUGUUGUUUGUAAAUAAGAUGAUUUAAAUAUGUUUUCUAAUCGUGUAUAUAAAAUUUAAUUAAGUAAUCGAACUAAAGUCAGGCAUAUUUAAUAAAAGCUUAAAGACUAAAUCACUAAUUAUGCAAAUAAUAGUUGGCUGAGGCUGGAGAAAAAAAAAAAGAAAACUUGGUUUAAAAAGUGCCAGAUGAAGAUAUUGUUUCCAAAGGUAUAUCCUUUGAACAUCUGUGCCAUGUAACAUUUUUUGUGUUGUGGAAAAAAAAAUGAAGGGAACAACAUUUCCACAUUAUGGGGAUCAAGAAUUAUUUGUCGACUGCAAUAACAAUAAUGUUAAUAUUCAUCCAUGACCACUCACAAAAUGGACUUGUUGGAUGAAUUGUUUUUCAUUGUGUAAGUCUGUAGCUUUUUUUUUUUAGAAUUUAUACUGCUACUUCAUGCAGAGUUUUUUUUUUUUGUUUUUGCUAAAAGCCACAGAUGCAAACUCAGAUCUGACAUGGAUGCACCAUUUUUCUGCAUCAUUUUCUACAUACAGCUGCAUCACUUUUUUGAUGCAAGUUUUUUUACAAGGACGUCAUGACUGCUGCACAAAUAGAUACUAUAAGGAACACAAACUCAGUCAGUUUUGAUUUUGCAUCACAGAAAGCUCUCCUUUUUUUCACAAGUGGGGGAACAUUGUUCUGUGUCUUCAACACACAGCAUGGUGUAUUUUGAAGGUGCAUUUUACAAUUUUUGUAAAAAAAUAAGUAAAAAAAGUAAAUAAUUUUGUAUAUAUAAUCAUUUUCUAGUUUUUUUAAUGAAAUUAUGAAUGUUUAUUGAUAAACGCGGCAGCUGUGAAAAGUACAAAUACAAAUGUAGGAAGCCUUACUGAUUUUCUUUGUUUGCUGCUUCCUUGCCGACCAUAAUUUUUAAGCAUCAGUAUGUCAUCUCUUGUUUUAUGAGCAAGUGGGGAAUAUAUUUUAAAUACUGUAAGUUUACAAGAAAGUAAGUUCAGGAUAAUUUUUCACUUGAAAUAAACAUGUAGUAUCCAUUUUGCUUCUGGGCAUAUCCCAAAAGGCACAUGACAUUUAGAAAUGGCUCGCUUUCAGUAGUGGUUCAGUUAAAAUCAAAUGUCAACAUUUUUUAUAGGUUUAAGUUAUUUUCUCUUUUGUUAAAAGUGUGCCACAAUGUGGGCAGCCAUUUUACAGUGAGCCAAUGCUCAUGUAAAUUCAGCCUAUCCAUUUACUAUGAACCAUUGAAAUUACUAUAUAUAGACAGAAAUUGCAUAAUAAUAUUAUCCCAUAAAAUGGCUGCCUUAUAUGUGUGUAGGUGAUUUGUGCACUUUAAAAGAGGAGAAACAAGCAUUGUAUUUCCUACAUAAAGUAUUGUGUCUGUAAUGUUCACAUUACUUCAUUCAAGAAAAACAAAUUGUGGAAUCUAUUGAACAAAUGAACGAAUGUAAAGAAAAUAAACAUUUCUAUAAAAAUACAUUUGUGUGUAUGUUUUAAAGUUAAAACUUUAAUUAAAUCUUAUGCUUUGUCAAGUAAAUUUAUUAUAUGCUAAUAUGGUGAAAUUUUUGGAACAUUUACAGUUUCACACCUAGAGAAUGCCAAGGCACAUCUUUAGUUGCUCCUGUUCAGAUGACCAAAUCAUUUCCUGUAAUUAUCCAACUGAGUUGUAUAUGUAUAAACUGAUGUUUAGAUGGAAGGUAGUGACUUCAUAAAAUUAAAAAUAGGUAGUAUGGCUUCUCAGCAAACAGUACUAAUAAGUUAUGCCAUUUAAUUUAAUAUAAUAAAAGGAGCAGCAUCUUUCAGCAACCAAUAAGAAACCAGCUAUCAUAAAUCUGGUUGUGCCAAACUAAUGACAGCUACAACCUUAAUGGUUGCUUUAAAGGGCUGCAAAUCAUUUUUUAAUAGUGUUUUAUUUUUACAUACUGCCCUAGUGUGAUUGAUGCAUUCCUAUGACUUCUGCACCUUGUGUUAUUAUACUUUGUACUUGACAGCAAUGCACCACAGUGUUGACCUGUAUGUUUUUUUUCUACUAUUACAAUGCACCUAAUACUUUUUCUGUAUUUAUAUUAUUACUUGUAUAGUAUAUAAUGUGAACCCUUGGGUAUUUGUGAAAGAAAGACUAAAUCUUUGUAACUUUUAUAUCUGCUUUUGUUUCACCAAAGAAACUUUGUUUUGUUUGCUAGUCUAUCGUUUAUAGUGUUUUAUUUAUUCAAAUUUUUUUGGAAUCAUUUUAUAAAUAGAAAUAUGUAAUUAUAGAAACAAAAAUAAACCGUGAAAUGUACAUGUGUCUCACGCAGGUAUCAUGCAGAUCUUAAGUAGGGUGAGAAUCAAAGUGCUUCGGCACUCACAGUAUGCCUUAUAAUUUACUGAUUAUCACCUAGUGGAUUUUCUUCACUUUCUUGGUUCACUCAUCAGUGGUUUCCCAUAAGUCCCCAGUCACUGGAGCAGAUGUAUGAAACUAUAGCGAAAAAUAUGUUUUCUUCUGAAAAACGGUUUAGAGCUCAGCAUUUUCUUAUUGCCCAGUACUGUGUUGUCCCUUUCAACUAAAUUCAGUCUCUUUAAAACUUCAAAAUGAUGGAAGUGACUGAAUUUUUAACAAAUUUAGAACAUAACAUUUAGAACAAAUGUAAGAACUGAAAGUUCCACUUCAUAUUGAUUGUAUUUAUAAUAAUGCCAUGUGGUGUAAAAAAAAAAAAAAAAAAAUUGCA